CCAAACGCCGUCAAUUCCUCACUACACAAAUAGCCCAAGGCUGAGGUAAUCAAAAGCAAAAAGCCAAUCCGGGCCGCAAAGGAAGAGAUAGCUUGAAGCAUUGGCGAUUCCAUACCCAGAUUUUCCCGGUUCUCUUUUUAGCAUGUUACUCACUCAGUCUUCAGGAUUUGCCAAACUGCUCGAUUUAGAUCGAGUGAACCCAGUUUUUGAAUGGUGAAAAUUAUCAGUGGGUAACUGUUAUGGGAGCUCAGAAGAGCAUUCACGCUGGCAAAGCCAAGAUUGAUGUGAAUGUGGAUUUCACACACAAACUAUGUGCUGGUCCAAUGCUUCAUUCUUUCAGGAAUUCUGGGAGUCCACUGGAACUAGUUAUAGGAAGCCUUUGUAUAAAACACCCAAACUUAUUCGGCAAGAGUGAGAAGCUUGAUGUUCUGUGGGAUAAAGGGCUCUAUGAUUCUAAUAUAACAAUAGCUUACAGGAAGCCGAGAUCCGAAUGGCUUUCUCAACCAUCUCUUAUAGUGCAGCAUUCAGUCUCUCCGGAGAUUGGCAUUCAUGGAAUCCCUGUUAACAACUUCUCUCGCUCAGAAAGUGGCGGAGUGAACUUAUGUCAUUUAUCUGCUGGUUUUGAUUUGAGCGAGCCCGCAAGUUCCUUUGGGAGCAGCAAAACUAGUAUCAGGUUUGAGCAUGUUCGACCAGUAAAUGAUGGUGGUCGAUCAAUAAACAGAGAUUUUCACGGGUUUCCAGUGACAUUUAGUGGUGGCAUUCAUGAUAGCAUGGUAGUACUGAAAGAAGAAUCCAGAUUUGCAAGGGCAACUGAUAAAAGUUUAACUGAAUUUAGCCUGCAAAUAGAGCAAGGGAUCCCCAUUCGUUCUCAGUGGCCAAAUUUCAACCGUUUCAAGUUCGUUGCAUCAAAAGGAGUGAAACUUGGGCCGGCAUUUUUCACGACAAGACUUACAGGCGGUUCUAUUGUGGGGAAUAUAGCUCCUUACCAAGCUUUUGCUAUUGGAGGGAUUAACAGCGUGCGAGGUUAUGGUGAAGGAGCUAUUGGAGCCGGAAGAUUAUGCCUGGUUUCUAAGAGUGAAGUGACAUUUUCUUUGGGGCAGAUGCUAGACGGUGUGGUUUUCUUGGACUACGGAUCUGACUUGGGCUCUGGUCGUCAUGUGCCCGGUAAUCCUUCUUUAAGACAUGGCAAGCCGGGGAGUGGAGUUGGCAUUGGUUAUGGCGUACGCUUGAAAUCUCCGUUAGGCCACUUUCAAGUGGACCAUGCUGUCAAUGCAUUUCAUCAGAGAACACUCUACUUUGGCUUCAGUAAUGUUACCUCAUAGGUUUGGUUUUAUUGUGUUUAAUGAUUUGUCUUGGUUUGGCUUUCUUCAAAUUUAAUACUGUGUGGGAUAACUUUACAAAACUAUAACUGUAUGGUUCAGUUUUGGACAUUCGGUUUGGGUUUAAACGGACUGGUUCAGGCCAAACUCAACAUUCUGCCUCAGUGCCUCCAAUGAAUCUCAGAACUUUAA